UGCAAUGAGUCAUGAGUUCUUCUAAAGGGGAGCAUCAGCUGAUAAAGUGAAUAGCCAAGCUGGGAUGUGAAUAAGUAGCCUGUUUAUAUAUUUUCUGCAUCACGAACAUGUCUAAGGGACUAGGAUAAAAAGAAGGAUAGAUUCAGAUUCCACGAGACCCGGCUACUGCCAAGGCCAGCAACUGGAAUAAACCUAUGCGCAAAUAAAAGACAUUCCGUCACGAAAAUAAACUAUUCUUGCGCAGACGUGCAGGUCCUAGGUGCAUGGGCAAAGCUUCAGAACUGAAAACGCAUCAACCUUCGUCAGGUCGUUCGCAUUGGAAGCUUUAACCGUGUUCAUUUAUACUUACAGUGCCAAUAUUAGGAACAACGUCAUUGUCUUCCAAUGCAAAGAAAUGGGCUUCAAGGAAAAUAAGUAGGAUACUGCGCAUUUGUCGCUAGCCCAACUCUACGAUUCGCAAUGUCAGAAGGAGCCCAAAAAAUUGGCUUAACUAAGCCAACUGUGUUUGCAGCUGUGAAUGGCAAUACACCGUCGCAUAGCAGCAACAAUCCGCCUGCAGUGAUACCCAAAUUCAAGAUAAGUCGAGGCACUCAAGCGAACGUCUCUGUUCCAAAAAACGUGACAAAGUUUUCACCACCAGUGCCUGCUAAACCGGCUGCUCUUUCCAAACAGCCGAGAUCACCUGCACCGCCAGUGCCGCCGAAACCAGGAUCAGCCCUAAAAUCUCCACUCAAACCGGCUGUGGCGCCCAAGCCUAUCUUGCCCCCUAAACCUCUCGUCAGACCUUGUAAGUCUGGAAGUGUUACAUUCGAAACUACAGUGCCACCAAACGUUCCGAUACGCAAUCGCGGUGAGCAAUCCCCUCGUGCCGAUCAAACAGAAAAAUCCAUUCCCAUGUAUGAAGAAAAAGUUCCUAUAAGUUCAGCACAUCUUGUAGUCAAGCAAUCCCGAAAGAGCGCCAGUCUGGGUCGUUUGGAAGGUGUGCGAUGCUGUGCAAUGCUCGUCAAAGAAGGAAACGAAAGGUGUUUGCAACGGGAUUCUGGUUUCAUAUCCUGCAGCCUGGAAAAUGUUGAACAGCCUGCUGUAAAACUCACCAACCAACGUCUAGGCUUCCCUUUUAGCUCUAUUCCCAUCGCUCCACCUAGAAGACGAAGGAAGUCAGUCGAGAGUUAUGAACCAAUUUACGCUGUUAUUGAUUUCUCGAAGAAACGUAAUCGACGGAUGUUAUUAGCGCAAGAACAAGCAGCUCGGGACAACCUGCAUCAACCAAUUGUGCAGAAUGCUGAUAAAGAUAUCGAAGCUAGUCCUGUUAGUUUGGUUGAAAAAGACAAAAGUGUACCAACAACCCCUUCAGUUUGUUCUGUCAAUGAAGACGAAACUUCUGUGCCAGAGAGCCCAGCCUUAGAAAUGGAUGUUUCAAAUUCGAUGAUCGCCACCAGUGAAAUGGAUUCGGAUAUCCAAAUAAUAGAAAAUUCUUUUGCUACGAUUGCUUCUCUAUUUGAAAAUAUUAAUGAUACUGGUGAUAGUGUACCCGUACCUUCCCGACCUACAUUAACUAGGGAGUCGGAGGAUGUGCAGGAAGAUUCGAGCUCCUCUUCCAACAACCAGCAGGAGGAAGAAACUACUACAGCUGGGCAAGCAGUUAUUGCCCGCCUGGUAUUCGGCGGCACAGUAGUCCAACAAACGGACAUUCUACCUACAAUGUCCACAAACGAUAAUAGAAGAAAACGAACAAAAGAAUUCUGCACGGCUUUAAAGGACGUCAUACCGUCAACGGGUUUCGACUUGUUGACUGACACCGUAUCCGUCCGCGAGCGGAAAAUCAAUCUUCGCGAACCAAGCCCAACUCCAUCGGCGAGCAGUAACAGCAGUAGCGAUAGCAAAGAAGACGAGUUUUUUCCUGGCAAGCACUUUGAUCCAGACGUUGUAUCUUGUGGCAGCUUAGGUGAUGUUGACACUUCGGACGCCACACGCCAGAAUUCUGUGGAUGAUGAGAUUGAAACUGCCCAAAUGACGGGAAAUGCCAGCACAAGUGUAGAUGGAAAGGAGAGAAGAAAUUCAUUUGGACUCCGUCGUACGCUAGACACGCUUUUCACUUCCUUGAGUAACAAAUCAGGUAUUCGGAAAGCCGCCGAAAAGCGUAAAACCCUUGACUUCGAUAGCUCAAGCACAGAUACGGAUAGCAUAACUGCUGCGCCUCGUCCGCAUAUAUUCAUUUCUCGUCCAGCUCCUCCUCAGCCUAGUCAUAAAUUCAAUAGAGGUGAUCGAGCAUACAGAUCAGUCCAACCACCUGAAAAGGGAAGAUCAAAAAGCAUAGAUGGGAGUCUAGUUGAAAAAGUGGACAGAAGGCACGUUUCACUCAGCCCCGUGAUUAGUAGUCCUGAACCCGUUGCGGCUCAACAAGGUCAGAUUGUUAACCUUGAUCAACCAGAGUCUUCCUCUUCGGCUUCUACUCAUAAUUACGCAAAUGAACCAGGAUUGUGUCUUCCGUUGAUGGAACAAAAUUCUGAUCGAACUAGGGCAUGUUUACCUGAUGGUUCGUCUUCGGAAAUGGAAAAAGACAUUAUGUACCGUUCAUUGGAAGGCAAGGAAAGAAAAGCUUACAUGACAGCAAAGGAAAUUGCAAGUUCCGAACGUGUGUUUGUGGAUUGCCUUCGACUUAUCUGUGACGAUUUUCGUCAAGCUGUCAAGGAUGCUGCCAUUGGGAGUAAUGGCAGAGAUACAUUACAUCCUGUCAUCCCCGAAGCAGAAUUGAACAAAAUUCUCAAUUAUCUCCCGCAGCUGCAGAACCUUAAUCACGAAUUGCUAAAUGAUUUCGAAUUGCGUCUCAAAAAUUGGUCCACUCAACCGAAAAUCGCUGAUGUCAUUGUUCGCAAAGGACCGUUUCUCAAACUCUAUUCGGCAUACAUCCGCGAUUUCCAAAGCCAAUCCGCCCAACUGGAAGAAUGCAUCCAAAAAUAUCCACGUUUCGCCAAAGUUCUCAAACAAUUCGAACAAUCCGGCAGAUGCAAGAGUCUUUCGCUAAAACAUUAUAUGCUUAAACCUGUGCAGCGACUACCGCAAUACCGUCUUCUUCUGGAAGUCUAUCUCCGGCAUCUGAAUGAAAACUCGCCAGAUUAUCAUGACACAUUGGUGGCACUUAAAGUUGUUACGGAUGUCGCCGAACAUGCGAAUAAUAGUAUGAAACAAGAGGACAACUUCCAGCGACUCAUUCACCUGCAAUCUCGGUUGGGAAAUUGUGAAAUUAUCAAGCCUGGCCGAUAUAUAAUCAAGGAAGGUGAACUGGAUAAAGUUAGUCGUAAAAUGUUACAACCCCGCUAUUUCAUUUUGCUUAACGAUUGCCUGCUGUACACGAGCUAUCUAAGCUCACCGUCGCCAAAUUGCAGUUUAAAAUUGCAUCACGAACUUCCACUUUCUCGGAUGGAAGUGCAUCUUCCUUCCGUAUCCGCAACUGAAGAGAAUGCGAAUGAGUUUAACGUCAUUUCAACUGCACGCAGCUUUACCCUGGCUGCCUCUUCAAUGCAUGCUCGAAAUGAAUGGAUGUGUGCGUUAUCAGAAGCCAUAUCCGAACUUCAGUCUAAACAGUCGACAUUUCCCAGUAAGAUGCCCACUGACAAUGGCGAAUUCAGACUUCGAUUAGGCCAACAGGCACCUGUUUGGAUUCCGGACAGCAGAGUUACAAUGUGCCAACUUUGUACUGCAGCGUUUAGCAUUACGUUUCGACGUCACCAUUGUCGUGCUUGCGGCAAGGUCGUUUGUAGAAGCUGUUCUACUCAGAAAGCGGGUUUGGAGUACCUGAAAUUCCGCUCAGCCCGCGUGUGUGAUGAUUGCUUUCAAGCCAUUAAUGAGCAUGAAGGUUCCGUCAAUGAAGACGGUAUGGACUCUAGCAAUUGUAGCAGUUUAAUUGAAACCGAUCUAAGUGCUAGCCUAGUCAAUGUGCCUCCUGUCUGCUUUGUCCACGCUUUCAACGAUGAAGUUACCAAUAGACGGCAUCCGUCUGAUUCAGUGGGUCAACCGACCUCUCAAGCGGGAUUAAAAGCGCAACAAGUAAAACGGGACGCUGUGCGAAAGGAGCGUCGUUAUGUCCCACCACGUCUAAUGGAGGUUCCUGCCAACGAUGCAGGAUCGCAAAUUAGUGGUUACCUGUCACGGAGGGCGCGGCGAUCCUGGAAAAGGAAUUGGUUCGUUCUAAAAGAUAGAGUACUUUAUAUAUACAAAGCGUCAGAAGAUGUGGUUGCCUUAGAUACUAUUCCGGUGCUCGGUUAUCAAGUUCAAACCUUUCAAGAGGUGGCGGAGGACAAUGAACAUAACCAGUUUCAGCUGUUUCAUCCCAAACAAUCGCCGAUAGUUUUCCAUGCCGAAAAUGCAAUUUUAGCCAAAAAAUGGAUCGAAGCCCUUUCCUCAGCCACUGUCCUUUAAUCACGCCGUGCAAUUUAAUUUUAGCAUUUUAAUGAGUUGUCGAUUUGCGAAUUAACGCAUUUGAUUUGUGAUAUUUAGUUCUCCCAAAGAUAAUCUUUUCUUUUACAACAAUUCACCUGUCUCU